CAGCAAGAUCCCACAAACAGUAAUGAGAUCAAUGAUAUUUAUAGUGAUAUUAAUUGAGGGAUAAAUAUUGGUGAGGGCUCUUCUUCAACAUAGUGCCUUAAUUGACACCCUUUACUCCCAUCUUAGACGGCAGACGAGAUUUUGGACUAACAUCUAAACCAAUCGGAGCAUUUUCGACACUGGAGCACUCCCUCCGUAUAGUACAGAGCUAUUAGUCUACAUUGUGUGAUUUGCUGGUGCAAAGACAAGGGCUACAGCUGACGUUUGAGUACUUGACAGGAAUGACGACGAGGAGGGGGCGGGAAGGGGAACAGCUGCUUCUCUAUGCCUGGAAAGAAAACUUGUAUUGCUGCUCCUGAAAGAGUUUCGAUAGACCUUCACUGCCUAGAUUCAAACAUGAAUAAUAGCCAGGUCAUUGAGAUGCUCGUAUGAUUGCGAAGUCAAUUGAAUAUAUUUCUAUCCCUUGGCAACUGAACGUGGGCGGCAGUUGAUCCCUUGAGAGUGACUUAAUCAUGGAGACGACUUCACCGGAAAGGCAGAGAAAAAGAAACAAAAUAGAUAAUGUCCUAAGAAUUCUGCAUCAAAUUGGCGAAUGAGGAAUCCGAUAACCCUAUCGCCAUACGGUUACUUUUUAGUUGAUCAGAUCAGCUCUAUCCCUGAAUCACCUAAUGACAAUGAUUUACCCAGAUCACCAGUAUCCUGUGAUUCUGCUAAUAAAGAAGCUUUCUUUUCACGAGUUGAAACUUUCACAUCAUUCAACUGGGCUGGGAUGCCGUUUGAACUCUCGCCGUUGCAGUGUGCGAAAUAUGGUUGGACCAACAUAGAGUGUGACAUGCUGAAGUGUUGCAGUUGUCAGGCAUUCCUCUGCACUACUCUGCAUCCAACCCUGGACGCUGGUAGAUAUAAAGAGAGGGUCGCUGCACUGCAAGAAGGAUUGAAAACAGCACAUGAGAAGUUCUGCUUUUGGCCUGACAACCCCUGUCCAGAUCGAUUCUGGGCAUUACCUUUGAAUGAACCGGCAGCCCUUCUGCAUGGAGUGACCGAGCGGUUCAAGAGUCUUUGUUCACUGGACUUCCAGUUACCUGCCAUCAAACAUGACGACCUCAAAGAAAUGACCAUCACAGAGGAAACUAUCAGUUCAAUAUUGCAGUUGGUUGAAGAUGAACUGACGUGUGGCACUCUGUCUGAAAGUCCUGGGCUAAAGAGCAGUACAGAUGUCCUUUCCGUCCAUCUUUCUGCCUGUAUCCUUGCACUGUCUGGCUGGACUGCUGGUUCUUCGUCUGAAUUUCUCCACCUGCCAGUAAUCACCUGUUCCUACUGCAUGAGGAAGGUGGGUCUGUGGAGCUUUCAGCAGAUUGAUGGUGUUUGCCCAGCCAGUGAGCCUGACAUUCCCGUCUGCAGUACCUCCCCACAUGAAAACAAGCCAGAAAGGUCAACACCAACUCCUCCUGCAAUGUCUCCCCACAGGAUGAUCACUCGAAGUCAAGAUGCUGCCCAGUCACAGAGCAGUGAGCAGCAUGAAACCAGCCCUUCGCCCAUUGGGGCUCGCACACGGAGUCGAGAUGUCCACAGUCCUACUCAAGUUGAUCGAGGCGAGUCAGACUCUAUUAGUUUACAUUUGCGGAACAAGCGACCAGUGACCCGCAGCAUGGGACAGGGGGACAUGCCUUCCAGCCCUCAGCGGAAACCGAAGAGAAUGCGUUUGUCCUCGUCCACUAGCUCAGAUAGUACUCGGGGAUACUUUAACCCUGUCUCCCAGCACAGGGAUUGGUGUCCAUGGGUUAGGAAGACACUGGAACUAGAAGAUAAACCACAUGACCCGGAGCUGGAAGAGCAGACCCCAGUGCCUGGCUUAGCUGAGAAGACGGAACUAGGAUGGAAGGAGUCUCUUCGGGUGCUCUUGUCACUAAACACUGCCCGGACCCCAAAUGAGUGCUCAGACAGUGUUUCUCUUUCAGAAAAGUCCAACAAGGUGUUCCGAAUAUUCCGACAGUGGCAGGUCCCAUGUUCUUCAUAAAGUUGUUUGUUGAAUGGGAUGAAGAAGCAAUUGGUACUGAAUUAAGUGAUUAUGAUAGGAAAUGGAUUUUGAACUUCAUCGUGACAGAUUUUUUCCAUAUGUUUUGCUACUUUGUUUGAAAAACACAAAAGCAUGGAGCUGGUCUGUGUUAAGCCUAUCCCAUACCAGGUGGAAGCCAUCAGGAUGGUUCUACCAUUAAUGAUCUUAUCUCACUUCACAGAUGUAUUUAACAUGUUAAAAUAUCGCAAAGGCUUUGAACAAAUGUGAAUAAAAUGUUUUGAUAGUU